AUGCUCAUGAGGAAGAAACGCGAGGUGGACCCGCGCGCGCCGGUGCCGCUGAAGCUGCCGCCGCACCCGAUCCCGGUGUCGUGGGGGAAGGUCAUCGCGCCGUACAAACCGCAGAGCGAGAUCGACGCCGCGUUCGAGGCGCUGCCGGACUGCGUGCACGUGAAGAGAGACAUCGUCGCCGACGCGGAGACGUUACACGCGUCGCUCGGCGGCGACUUCCUCGCCGUGCACGCCAACCCGCCGUGGGACAUCGAGAGGAGCCCGGACCGCGGCGGCGUGACCGUGGAAGAUAUCGCUCGCAUCCCGUUCGAGAAGCUCGCGCCGUACGGGUUCGUGUUCAUGUGGGUCGAGAAGGAGAACCUCAGCGAGGUGUGCGACGUCAUGUCGGCGAAACAGUUUGGCUACGUCGAGAACAUGACGUGGGUGCAGAUGCGUCCGAACAACGUCAUCGCGAACAGCGACGCGACGUACCUCGCGCGGUCGCAUCGCACGAUGGUGAUGUUCCGCCGGGACUGUCGCGCGUUCCCGGCGGCGAAGGCGGUCGAGCUCAGGCAUCAGCGGAGCGCGGACGUGACCUUGGACGCGUUGGCGACGACGAAGACGGGACGUCGCGCGAUCCCCGCGCACGUGUACAAAGCCAUGGAGACGCUGCUUCCAGAGGCGUACAAGGUGGGUCACCCGGGGAAGCUUCUGGAGCUGUGGUCCGAGCCCGGGCCGGAGGGACGACGAUCGGGGUGGACGACGGUGGCGGACGCCGCGGCGGCGAAGAAGAAGGGCCCGGGGAAGAAAAAGUGA